AACGAAACGUUUUCGACUUCACGAGGAAGUGUCAAAAUUAUUGUGUUUUAUCUGUCAGUGUCAACUCGCUCAAAUCGUCAGACUCAGUGAAGCCUACGAGUGUGUCAAAUAAUUUACUUUGAAUAAAACAUGGCUUUCUUCAACUGCGGCAGAUUGGGCAGCCGUUCACUGCUAGCAAGCAUAAAUAAAGUGCCUACUGUGCUUGGUUCCGUAAAUUAUGCCCAGGCUGCGGCUGGUGCUCCAAAAAUUGUGUUCAAGAAAUUUGAACCGCCCAAGAUUGAGCACCAUGAUGAUAGAAACGCUCGUCUCAAACGGCCGAUGUCUCCUCAUCUCAGCAUCUAUGCUCCACAGCUGACCAGCAUAUUGUCUGUUACCCACAGAGCGACAGGAAUCAUCUUGUCGGGUUACUUUGGAGUGCUGGGUAUUGGAGCCUUAGUAUUGCCACAAGACAUCUCCCACUAUAUUGCAAUUAUCGAGAACCUCAACUUAUCUCCAGCUACCUUAUUCGUUGCAAAAUUCUUGCUUGCGGCACCAGUUGGCUACCAUUUUGCCAACGGAAUCAGACAUCUUGUAUGGGACAUGGCUAAGGGACUUACCAUUAAAGAGGUUUACUCUUCCGGCUAUGCAAUGCUCGGUCUGACCAUUGCGAUCACUACGUUAUUAGCAUCAUUAUAAUCAUUUCUUUAGGACCAAAAUAAAAAGUGAAAUUUU